AUGUCACAGAUCUUGAAGAAUGUUAUGCUCGUGGGGGCUGGAGGGAAUCUCGGAACACACGUGCUGCGGUCCCUUCUUGAAGCACAAUUCAACGUUUCUGUAAUGAGCCGAGCAUCCAGCAAGACUACUUUUCCGGAGAAUGUACGAGUAUAUAAGACGGAUUAUUCGGAGUCAUCACUUAUAAGUGCACUCGAGGGAUAUGAUGCUGUGGUAAGCACCAUCAGUGGCAGCGGGCUGAAAGAGCAGCAAAAAAUAAUUGAUGCCGCCAUUCUUGCUGGAGUAAAAAGGUUCAUUCCAUCAGAAUAUGGCAUUGACGUCUGCCAUCCGAAAGCUAUGGAAAUUGUUCCUUUCUUCAGCCAAAAACAGCAAAUCAAUGCCUAUCUGAGGAGCAAGGAAUCUCAAGGCAUUACGUGGACCAGCGUGGCCACAGGGCCUUUCCUGGAUUGGGGUCUUCAGGCUGGGCUGUUUGGAUUUGACUUGAAGAAUCGGUCCGCAACUUUUGUUGAUGAAGGCACUCAGCCAUUUAGCACCACAAUUCUCCCCACAGUCGGCAAAGCCAUAGCGUCUGUUCUUACACACGCCUCUGAGACCGAGAACAAAAGGAUCUUCGUCCACUCAUUCAGGACUACUCAAAAGCAGCUAUUGGAGAUAUUGGAGAAGCAGACGGGUACGCCAUGGAAGGUACGACACGUACCGGCUGAUGAAAUGAUAUCUGCAGGGAGACAGAAGAUGUCAAAUGGCCAAGGCGAUAAUCUUGAGGGGUCCAUAGCCUCUAUACUCAGCCUCUGA